AAACACUAAAGAAAAUUCCAUUUUUUUUCCUCAUCAUGAAAAGUCUCUACUUCAGACAUUUUGCUAACAAUUCGAUGAACUCUAACACCUGUUUCAACAGAUGUCAAAAUGUUAGUGAAAAUCGAUAAUGUAAGAUGCUUAUACCGUUUACUCAUUGACCAAAUAUAUUUAAAUCGUGAUAAUCGAAGCUUAAAAUAAGUGUAUUUUUACAUUAACAGAAACUAUUAAGGAUAAUUAUUAGAACAAGAAAAUGCAGUCAUUGAAGGAAAAAGCAUCAAAUGUUGCCGCUUCGGCAAAAUCUGGCAUGGAAAAAACGAAAGCUACUGUCCAAGAAAAGGUGGACAAGAUGAAAGCCAAUGAUCCAACAGAGAAAGCAGUGGCAACAGAGAAGAAAGAUGGAAGGAUUUAUGAAGCAGAGAUGAAUAAGCACGCAACUCAAGACCGGAAUGCAGCUCUCCACCACGGCGCCGGCACAGGCACCGGGAGGCCACAUUAUUCAAACACAACCACUGGACACCCUCAUAACUGCUAGCCAGGGCUAGUUAAGCUCGGGAGGAGCACAAUAAAGUUACGGGUUAAGCAGAGAAUUCAAUAAAUAUUUGGCAAUUGAAGCCUAAUAUUACCUUUAAUGACACUACAUUUAGGUGCUUCAAUUGGUAAUAGGUUUUUGAGGGGUAUAAUUACCCCUCUUCUUCGUGUUGUUAUAUUUUCUGAUUAUUGUAUGUUUCAAGAAAUGCAAAUUAGUUUAUUCCAAAUGACAAACUGACUUGAUGCAAGUAGUAGUUUUCAUGUUAGAUAGAAAAACAAACUUGAAGCAGAAGUACUAAUGGAGAUAUACAUCCCGCUAAAGAAAACGAUUAAUGGUUCAAAGGCCCUCCGAGAAGCAAAAUCCUUCAGACAACAAUCAAAACCUACUAAGAUAUUGAAGGGAUUUAUCAAAUAAAUGGAAGUACAGAGAAAACAGAGCUAAUAAGCAACUAACACAACUCAAAAAAAG